CCCAGCCCGAUACCGUAGCGCUGUGGCAGGCAUAUUUGGCCAAUGAUCAGGAUCGCCAACUCGGUGAGGAGGAUCACCAAGAAGCCUUAGCGUGGGUCACUGCGAUAAUUAUUUUCAGCUCGUCGCGUCGUGCACUUUUCAGCUCGAGGUGAUCCCAUGGACAUAUUUUAUUUCUCUCUAUGACAUUUGACAAGAACUUAUCUUGUGGCUCUGGAUUUCAUUCACGACUUGAACCGUGAACUUGUCAGUUACAACACCUCAACAGCUAUCUGGGGUAUCACACCAUGGCUGUUUCCCUCCCUCUCCGACUCCUCAGCCGUACCGGCGACAAUUUCGAGGUCAUCGACUGUCAGCAACCUCGCAAUCCAAAUGGUAGAAUUGACCACUUCGACAUCAUCACAUACACAUGGGGCGAGAAACAAGAACCCUACAACUGCGGGAUACCAGGUGUGAACUGGAACGUGAAGCUGGCGCAACAGAAACUCGAAGACAUCAAACGCUUGAUGAUCAAAGACGAUAUUCAAUAUUUGUGGGUUGACUGCAUCUGCUUGGCACAAGAUGAUGAGCGAGAAAUGUCAUCAGAGAUUCCGAAGAUGUACCAAUACUAUAAGAGUGCCAGAAAAUGCUACAUACUGAUGGAUAUGGACGAGGUGUGGAACCCACAGGAUAUCGUGGACAAUCUGAAGUUCAUUGAUCAUAUUUUGGCGAACAUGGGAGGGGCGUCGUUGGCUUCUGAGGCUUUCUUGACUGAGAAGCUUACCAAUAUCCUGUCUCAAUGGGGGACGUCAACUUGGAAAUUCCCCAUGGACCACUCGACUGUGAGAUCAGCAGGCAUUGACAUGGGCGUACUGAACUGCUACUCGACCUGCAUCAACAGAGUUCGCUCCCUGUUCAACAACCCAUAUUUCACUCGCGUGUGGACAUUCCAGGAAAUGCUGCUGGGAAAGAACAUCACCAUGUACGGCGUGAAUAAGGACCAGAUCUCAUGUAUCGGGGAACUCAACACUUGGAUGGAUCUCGCGACUGAUUCAAAGGACAAGGCUUACAAGUUGCAUACUUGGAUUACGACAUCAAGAGUUCUGAGGACCGCAUCCGUCAAUGCGAUCUUGCGGAUCCUGGACGAAGAUUGCUUGGUGCUGAAUAGUCUGCAGACCCAGGUUCGAGGGAUCAGCUCGGCCAGGACGGAUAUCAUUAAUGGCGGCCCAUCCUGGUGGUAUGAAAACCACAAAGGAGUCUGCAAUAUUUUCUCGGCAAUCUCAAUCACACCAAGGGAGUGCGAACAGCGACGAGAUAUCUUCAGAGGACUUCUUGGGGUGUUUAGCGGGUUGUUUACUGCAGAAGAGGUGGAGAGGGAUCUGAACGGUGACAACAUUGAAAGUAUCUCGUAUGCAUUUUUCAAGCAGCUGUCUGUCAAGACGGGAUUGGCAUGGACGAAACUUGCGAUCAGCAGUGGGGAACGUGGAGAGUGCGACUGGAUCCCAGUUGUUGCGAAUCAUAACAAUCCUUUGACGACAGAUUGUUUCGCUGCGGUUGUCAAUCUAGGACGACUGAAGCCAAAGGGCUUGGCGAAGGCUUUUGCAGUAACAGGCAUUCUGGGAACGCCGAAGAAAUAUAUGCGAAUAUCGCUCAACAACAGCGACCGAGGAUUUCAGUUUAUAUUCCGAGGAUGCAACGCCGGGAAGAAAGUCAAGACCGGUGUGUUCAGCAGUGAGACAAUACCCGUGAACGACAACCCUCGCGAUGUGGCUCCAGACGAGACAGGCAGGAUCUUGGUACAAUGCGCGACGAUGCUGGGAAGUAUCAUGGACCCAGGUGGAGACGUCGUUGAGUACAGGAGGAGGCUGCUCCGUAAAUUGCAACCGUAUUGGGAUAUCAGUGAUCCCAACGCCAAGCCGACGGGAUGGGAGGAUAGAUGUGUUAGUGGAACGGGCUGGGAGAAUCCGCAUCCCCAUGAUUUCAGGGUCCAUAAUAGGUCGAUGAAUUUCAGGAUGGGUGCCAUCACGGAUUGUGGGUCGAGGCUGGAGAAUGAGAGUACGGAGAAGAUCUCGUGCGAGGUUAUUGUUAAUUGUGGUUGUAUCAUCAUUGCUCCAUUCUCACUGAUAUUCGAAGCUAUCACCGCCGUUGAGGGGUGCUCACUAGGUGGUACUUCCGCGACUUUGGAAGAAGACAGGAUAGUCUUGCGCGACGGACUCGGUCUUGUCCAAGUCGGCGAUAUCGGCAGAGCGUUCAGUCUGGUCGCAUAUGGAGGAAACACCGACUCGCAUAGAGCGUAUUCCAGCAGUUGCAGGAGCACGAAGAUCCAUAAGUCUGUGGUGCCGAAACUUUGGUGGCCGAGCGGUAGGGCUUUGGUCAGAGAGGAGUUCACGCAUGGGAUUACGGACUCGAUGAGGGAUUAUGGGUAUGUGCAGACGGGUGGGUCGGGCAAUCUGUUGAUUUGUAGGAACCGACCGUUGGGGCAGUAUAAGAUUAUUGGGGUUUGUGUGGAUGAGUGGUUGGAGAAUAAAGGGGGUGAGCAUACGGUAACUAUUCGGUGAACCAAGGCGACGAACUGAGAGGGUGGGAGAGCACGCUGCACCAGGUGCAAAUGAAUUUGAGCUAUGAUAUGAUAAUGACAUUGUUAAUCUUGCUACCUUAAGUAUUUGAUAAGGAAUUAUUUCAUUGCCGAGUUUGAUCUUCCGUUGCCGAUGUUUCCUUGCGACGCUUAACCGAGUCUUUGUUUUGCAUUGGG